AUGCCACAAGCUCGUCACUCUCUUCUAUUGGAGCGUCUUUUGAAUCGUUGGAUGAAUGUUCCUCGCGUCGAUAAAUUUUGGGGCUGCUCUGGUCCAAUUGCUACACAGGAAAAAUUUCUCAAAGACAGUCUGAGUUCAAAACAUUCGUUUCCCGUGAUUGGUCUCUGGGAUGGAAAGCCCUUUGGAUACUUUGAGCUAUAUUGGGCGAAAGAAGACAUCCUUGGGAAGCAUGUAGGCGAUAAUGUUGGGGACUUUGACCGUGGUGUCCAUGUUUUGGUCGGCGAGGAUGAAUAUCGAGGAAAGCAUAGGGUUCAAUGCUGGAUCACUGCUUUGGCACACUGGGCUCUGGUACAGGAUUACAGGACUAAUUCUUUUGUGCUUGAGCCUAGAGUGGACAAUGAAAGGUUUAUCUCACAUCUCAAAGAAGCUGGGUUUGUAAAGGAACGCGAAAUCACCUUUCCCCACAAGCAAGCUGCAUUCAUGAAGCUGAGAAGGGAGUGCUUCGAAGCCCCUGCCUUGUGA